AUGAAGGCCCUUAUUCUUGUCGGUGGCUUCGGCACCAGACUGCGACCUCUGACCCUGACCCUUCCCAAACCCCUGGUUGAGUUCGCCAACCGUCCUAUGAUCCUGCACCAGGUCGAGGCUCUCGCGGCAGCCGGCGUCACCGAUAUCGUCCUUGCCGUCAACUACCGCCCAGAUGUCAUGACCGGUGCGCUGAAGAAAUACGAGGAGAUGUACAACGUCAAAAUCACAUUUUCCGUCGAGACGGAACCCCUGGGAACUGCCGGCCCCCUGAAGUUGGCAGAGAAGAUCCUGGGCAAGGACGACAAGCCGUUCUUUGUCCUCAACUCGGAUGUCAUUUGCGAAUACCCCUUCAAGCAAUUGGCCGAGUUCCACGCUUCCCACGGCGAUGAGGGCACCAUCGUCGUCACCAAGGUGGAAGAGCCCAGCAAAUACGGUGUCAUUGUCCACAAGCCCAACCACCCGUCUCGCAUCGACCGUUUCGUCGAGAAGCCCGUCGAAUUCGUCGGCAACCGCAUCAACGCCGGCAUCUACAUUUUCAACCCGUCCAUCUUGAAGAGAAUCGAACUACGACCCACGUCCAUCGAGCAAGAGACCUUCCCGGCAAUCUGCAAGGACGGCCAACUGCACUCGUUCGACCUCGAGGGAUUCUGGAUGGAUGUCGGUCAGCCCAAGGAUUUCUUGAGCGGCACUUGCUUGUACCUGUCUUCCCUGGCCAAGCACAACCCAAAGGCGCUCGUGCCCAACACCGAGCCUUACGUCUACGGCGGAAACGUUCUGGUCGACCCCACGGCCAAAAUUGGCAAGAACUGCCGCAUUGGACCUAACGUCACCAUUGGACCGGGCUGCGUGGUCGGCGAUGGCGUCCGACUCCAGCGAUGUGUGCUUUUGGAGGACAGCAAGGUUAAGGAUCAUGCCUGGGUCAAGUCGGCCAUUGUUGGAUGGCGAUCAACUGUCGGCCGCUGGGCUCGUCUGGAAAACGUGACGGUUCUCGGCGAUGAUGUCUCGAUUGGCGACGAAAUCUACGUCAACGGUGGAAGCGUCCUCCCCCACAAGAGCAUCAAGGCCAACGUUGAGGGUGAGUCAAUUGCGAUGAAUGUAUACCAGAGUUUCAUGCUAAUGUCACCUGCAGUGCCGUCUAUCAUCAUGUAA